UCGGCGGGGCCGGGGCUCCGCUCCUCCGCAGUGACACCGGCACGGCCAGGUGGGGGGCUCCGGCCUCUGACACAGCUCCAAGCCCCCUCCCCACACCUGGGCAGGACCGGACGGGAGUUGUCUGUCCCCGGGAGGGAGACCCCCCCCUCCUCCCCACCCCGGCCCCCCUGGGAGGGCACUGGGGACCCCGGGCCCACCUCCCCCCACCCCCUCCUCGGCCUCCAGGUGGGCCGGGGUCGUCCCCCAGCUCCCCCCACUCUCUUCCGACUUGCCUCCGGCCGGAGCCCCCCUCCCCAGCUCCCAUGGAGGGGCCGGCGGAGCCCGCGGCCCCCGACCUGCGGGACGUGGAGGGCAAGGUGGGCAGGAAGAUGCCCGAGGGGCUGCUGAGGGGGCUGCGGGAGCCGGAUCCCGCCCCUCCGCCCCUCCGGAGCUGCGGGGAGAGCCGGGGCCCGGGGGGAGGGACGGCUCCCGCCCCCGGGCUGGGGGACAAAAUCGACGCGCUCAAACUGGAGUUGGCCUACCUGCGGGCUACGGAUGUGAAAAUUCUGCAGCAGCUGCUGGCGGUCAACGAGGGCAUCGAGGCGGUGCGCUGGUUGCUGGAGGAGAAGGGGACCCUGACCAGCCACUGCAGUAGCCUGGCCAGCAGUCAGUACAGCCUCUCGGGAAGCCAGGAGGCCUCCCGUCGGGGCAGCUGGGACAGCGCCCAGGACCCCACCGACAGGCUGGACAGUGUCUCCAUCGGCAGCUACCUGGACACCCUGGCCAGCGAGCCGGACGACGAGCGGCCCCAAGAACCCCUCCUGUCCUCCACGCCCUGCCGGCCGGGGCCACCCCUGUCCUCCUCCCUGUCCCCUCCCCGGGCCCAGCUGGACUGGGCCCCGCUCGGGAGGGGGCCCCGGGCCGAGCCGGAGAAGGCAGAGCCCGUGCGGCUCAGGACCAGCCCGGUAGGCCCGGGCAGGGCGGGCCACGGGGCGACGGGGCUGGAGGUGACGGGGGAGACCCCCCGGGGGGAGAAGGCCCAUCUGGGGGGCCGCAGGGGGGAGCCCGAGCACGGGAGGGUGAGGCUGGGGUUCGAUGCCCAUCUGUACUGGGUCCAGUCUCAGGACGAUGUGACCUUCUUGUAAUAGACCCUGAGGUGGAGGGCUGGGGUUCCCGGGACCCUAUCCCCAGCUCGUUACGCAGGCCGCCCGGUGCGUGCCUCGGCCCUGGGGAUCAGUGUAGGGGGGUCAGGACUCCCCAGGAUGCAUGGAAUCCCCCCCCUCCCCACUUCCCUCCCGCAUCUGCCCCCUAGGUCUUCCCCAAUGCCCCCCGGCCCCUAGGAUCCGCUCAGAACAGGGUCCGAGCCCUGAAAAGAAUUCAGGGUCCUUCAUGCCUUGCUUCCCAAACAUCCAGCUUCCCCUACAUUUCGUUCCCCACCAUGCUUGACCUUCUCUCCCCUCUUGUGGGGGGAAGCUGGGUGUUUGGGGAUUCCAUCCUCUUGCCUCAUUGCCUCACCCAUAUUUGGGGGAGGGGGUCUUGAGAGGCGGUCUGGAGGCUGGAGGGUCCCCAGCAAUGGCACAGUCCCCAUUGCUUUUCUCUCAGCUCUUGAUCCAUUCAAGCAACAGGAAGCCGGGAGUCCUGUGUGACACUCCCAGCUCCUCUGGUAGAGCUGGCCUUUUCCUUGGGAGAGAGACGCAGGACGACAGCUUCAGGAGUGGGAAUCAUCCCAGCGGAGCCAACUCCAGGCUGGGCUGUGGGGAGCAGGCCACGGGAUGCCCCCCCCCCCCAAGACUUGGGCUCCCUCCUACCUCCACCUCUGCCCCCGUUCAUUCCAUUGUGCCUGGCUUCCAGAGGGGCUGGGGCAACAGGGGAGAAGUGAGGGAGGACUCGGUUGAUUGAAACGGGAGCUCAGAUCGAGUCUCUCCUCAGAGAGGGAGAGCAAGAUGGUGGGCCACUAAGGGUCAUGAAACCCAAGGGCCUUGGUACUUGUAGGGACAGCCAGAACUAGGGGGCCGGUUCCCCGAGACAAGAGAGGAGCUGGCGACAGGCAAAAAGAUAAUUUGGGUCUUAUUUCCCAUUGGCAGUGACCCUCACUUCCCAUCAGCAGUGGCCUCACUUCCUCUUGGCAGUGACCUUACUACCUAUGAUGGGAUUUCAUUUCCUGCUGGCCGGGAACCUCGCUGUGGUACAUAGUAAGCGCUUAACAAAUACCAUCAUCAUCAUCGUUAUUAUUAUUACUCUUUUUGGUGGGUCUUCACUGCCUCUUGGUAAUGACCUCACCUCCUGUUGAUAAUGACCUCACUUCAUGUUGUUGGGCCUUCACUUCUGUUGGUGGGGCUUCGCUUCCUGUUGGCAGGGACCUCGCCUCCCAUUGGUGGUGACCUCACUUAAUUUUGGCCCUUGCACGGAGCGGGGUCCUCCUGCUUUCCAUCCUCUCCUUUCCUAGACAGGUGCCCGGACUCCUGAGUCUAAGCUAGAGGAGAACCCGGUAGUCUCUGGCUCGACUGCCCAGUCGGACCCGGCCCACCUCCUCCCCUCCUCGGUCUCCAGUUGUUCCCCUGACCGCACCUUGGGGUCAGAGGUCCUCACGCCUUGCCGUGACCGCUCCCUCUCCCUCCCCGUCCCAGUGCAUGCGUUUGAGCCCUUGGGGAGGAGGGGCGCUGCCAGGUUGGGGGAGUUGGAGGGCACACAGGGGGCCAGGGACACGGUUCAAUAAACCUCUUUGCCGCCUGA